AUGACGACCGCACCACCGAAGCUAUCCGUGUUCCCCGAUCCUACAAUGGCAUUGUCCAAGAUCCCAGUCCCGAACCAGAGCAUAGGAGGGCCACCGGUAAACGACGGGCAGUCAGGGAAUGCAGCAAUGAGCAAACCAGGUUUUGUGUCGAUAGUACAACAACCCACUGGCCCUGCAACGGGUCAGCCGAUUGCCGCCCCGGGUACGACCAGAGGCUUGUCAAGCCCUACACCGCCGCAAGGGUCACUAGGGGAAACCGUCAGUGAACCCGGGGCUUCUGAUUACGAUCCCAACCUUCCUGGGGGUGCCUCCAGUCCUCCAGGCGCACCUCCUGUUGGAAAUCCCUAUCCCGCUCCUGGUGGAGGUGCUGGACCAGGCGAAAGUGCUGGCCCAGGUGCCGGACUUCAAAACCCUCAGUCGCGGGCUAAGAUAGGGGGGCCCGGUCUUGGUGAACCCGGGGCUUCUGACUACGAUCCCACCCUUGUUGGGGAUGCCUCCAUUCCUCCAGGCGCCCCUCCCGUUGGAAAUCACCACCAUCCCGCUCCUGCUGGCCGUGCUGGCCCUCAUGGAAAUACUCCUGCUUAUGGAAGCGCAACCCUUGGUGCAACUCCCGGCCCUGGUGGAAGUGCUGGCCUUGCUGGCAGUGCUGGCCCUGAUGGAACUGCUCCUCCUUAUGGAAGCGCACCCCCUGAUGGAACUGAAACUGAAGCCCUUGGUGCAGAUCCCGCCAUUGGUGGAACUGGCGCUAUGGGUGGAGCUACUGCUCCCAAUCGCAAUGCGCCUCCCGAUGGAUAUGUUACUCUACCUGACGGAACUACAGCACCUGGUGACGCUCCCGCACCUGUGGGAACUAUCGCACCUGAUACGCAGGGACCGCAGCUUGGAACUCUUUCCUAG